AUGUCUCAGCGUCAGAAGAAUCCACGAUGCUCACAUGAUCAACGCCUUCAGGUCCAAGGUACGACCCAGGACCUGGAGGUUGCUGAGAUCUCCAAGGCUCUAGAGGAGACCUGUCUCUCCUCCCGUCCUCUAAUGCCUGGCCAUUCGAAGGAGCUUCCUGUUGCUGGUCUGCCCAGCUUUCCUGAGGGUUCUCAGAGUUUCUGCUCAUCUUCCAUUGCCAUCGCAGCUGCCUCAUCAAGCAAAUCGGAUGAGGGCUCUAGUAGCCAGGAAGAGAAGGAUAGCACCUUCCAGGCUAUCCCAGAUCCCAAGAAUGUGCCCAGAGAUGCUCCAGCAGAGAAAGUGGCUUCGUUGGUGAAUUUCUUGCUGCUCAAGUAUCAAAUGAAAGAGCCAGUAACCAAGGAAGAUAUGUUGAAGAUUGUCACCCAGGAAUAUGAAGACCACUUGCCUGAGAUCCUUCUGAAAGCCUCUGAGCACAUCGAGAUGAUCUUUGGCCUUGAUGUGAAGGAAGUGGAUCCCACCAACCACUGCUAUGGCCUCCUCAUCAAAUUGGGCCUCACCUAUGAUGGGAUGCAGCAUGGUGAACAGGGCGUCCCCAAGACCGGCAUCCUCAUCCUUAUCCUGGGUGUGAUCUUCAUGAAGGGCAACCGUGCCACCGAAGAGGAAGUCUGGGAAGUUCUGAAUGUGACGGGCAUCUAUUCUGGCAGGAAGCACCUCAUCUUUGGGGAGCCCAAGCAGCUCAUCACCAAAGAUUUCGUGAAGGAAGAAUACCUGGAGUACCGACAGGUGGCCAACAGUGAUCCUGCGCAAUUUGAAUUCCUGUGGGGCCCGAGAGCCCAUGCCGAAACCACCAAGAUGCAGGUCCUCGAGUUUAUAGCCAAGGUUCAUGCGACUGACCCAAGUUCUUUCCCAUCUCAGUAUGAGGAGGCUUUGCAAGAUGAGAAAGAGAGAGCCCGAGCCAGAAUUGCAGGCAGGGCUGUCUCUACUUCCCUGGCCACUGCCCGUUCUGGGGCCGGGUCUGGCCGUUUCUCCUGCCCCUACUGA